CACAAAGGACUUUUUCGUUACAACAGGCUGCCUUUUGGUAUUUCCUCAGCACCCGCAAUUUUUCAGAAAACAAUAGAAAACAUCUUGCAAGGCCUAACGAGAGUGCAGGCAUACCUAGACGACGUUCUUGUGUCCGAGAAGAACGGAGAGCACAGAAACUUAAGAGCCGUGUUACAACGUUUCCGCGAACAUGGUAUCAAGCUGCGGUUGGACAAGUGCAGUUUCCAUGAGCCAUCCGUAGCUUAUCUUGGCCAUCGUAUCGAUGUGAAGGGUUUACACCCAUUCGAGAAAAACGUCGAGGCUAUCAGAUUAGCCCCGGAGCCACGGAACGUCAGUGAACUUCGUUCAUUCCUAGGCUUGAUAACCUUUUAUAACAAGUUUAUGCCUAACCUAUCUACGAUGCUGGCACCAUUGUACAAGCCUUCUGGAAAAAGCAGCCAGAUGGGUGCAGGGUGCGAAGGAACAAGCUGCAUUCAAGAGUGCUAAAGACUCGCUUUGUUCAGCGCCUGUGCUUGCCCAUUUCGAUCCUGACCGAGAGCUCCUGUUAGAAUGCGACGAGUCGCCGUACGGCAUUGGUGCCAUUCUCUUCCAUCGCAUUGACGGUGAGCAGCGACCUAUCGGAUUCAGAUCCCGAACGCUAACAGCUGCCGAAAAAAACUAUGCUCAAAUUGAGCGAGAGGCACUCGCCCUUGUAUUUGGUGUCACAAGGUUUCGAGAUCACCUUCUCGGGCGAGAAUUUAUUCUUGUUACCGAUCACCAGCCGCUGCUGGGCUUACUAAGACCAGAUUGUCAAACACCCGCAAUGGCCGCAGCAAGAAUUCAAAGGUGGGCACUCCUCUUAGGCGCUUACAAGUAUCGUCUGCAAUACAAGCUCGGUAAACAGCUCGUAAAUGCUGAUGCACUGAGUCGUUUGCCUCAACCUUUGCAGCACGAAGUCAGUGCCGAGGAAGACUUGACGGAGUGCGUGCUCCUGCUGCACCAGUGGGACAAACCGGCUAUUCCGGUGAAGGAACGACAAGCCUCGACAACUGCGGACGUCACGCUUGCUGCUGUCUACAGGGAGCCGCCAGCACCUCGGACGAGAUUGGCAGACUGCGAGCAAUGGACGAUCACACCAGGUGAUGCCGUGUAUGUUCGAAAUUACGGAGCCGAUGAGAAGUGGACCCCGGGCAAGGUCAAGUCAAUGGAAGGUUCAAGAGUGGUGUCUGUAGAGACAGACAAUGGCAUCGUGCACCGUCACGCAGACCAAGUUCGCAAACGAAUGCCAGACAGAAAAUUCGCUAAAAUGUCAAGCAAUGACUCCGAGGAAACCGGUGCGCAGCCCAGUGACGGAACGGCAAACCUUCAGUCAGAACCGCUGGACGUCACAGCAGAUGUUCAACCGCAGCUACGUUGUUCCACCCGUGAAAGAAAACCCGUGGAGUGUUAA